AUGAGGAGGAAGUCGACUUGUGUGAAAGAGGUGGAGAAACUGCAGGAGAAGAGAGAGAGGCGUCGGCUUCAGCAACAGGAGCUCAGGGAGAGGAGAGCUCAGGAGGUGGAUACAACCAUUCCUAACUAUGAGAUCAUGUACAUGAUCCGAGAUUUCCGAGCCAGUCUAGACUGCCAGCCACUGACUGCAUCAGAUUUGAUUGAAGAGCACAGAAUAUGUGUUUGUGUGAGGAAACGUCCACUCAACAAAAAAGAAUUGUCCAGGAAGGAUUUGGAUGUGAUCACCAUCCCCAGUAAGGAUGUGGUGAUGGUGCAUGAACCGAAACAAAAAGUGGACCUGACUCGAUACCUGGAAAACCAGACAUUCCGCUUAGACUACGCUUUUGAUGAAAGCACCACCAACGAGAUGGUUUACAGGUUCACUGCCAGACCUCUAGUGGAGACCAUCUUUGAGAGAGGCAUGGCCACUUGCUUCGCCUACGGACAGACGGGCAGCGGAAAAACACACACUAUGGGUGGAGAUUUCUCUGGGAAGAACCAAAACUGCUCCAAAGGAAUUUAUGCUUUAGCUGCUCGGGAUGUAUUUCUCCUGUUGAAGAAACCAAACUACGAGAAAUUAGAUCUACAAGUGUAUGCAACCUUCUUUGAAAUCUACAUUGGAAAGGUGUUUGACCUGCUGAAUCGUAAAACUAAGCUGAGGGUGCUGGAGGAUGGCAAACAGCAGGUGCAGAUUGUGGGGCUUCAAGAGAAGGACGUGAAGUGCACAGAGGACGUCCUGAAACUGAUAGAAGUUGGAAACAGCUGCAGAACAUCAGGGCAGACAUCAGCCAACGCUCACUCAUCUCGCAGCCACGCCGUAUUCCAGAUAAUUCUUCGGAGGAAGGGCAAGAUGCACGGCAAGUUCUCCCUCAUCGACCUCGCAGGAAACGAGAGGGGCGCUGACACGUCGAGUGCUGACCGCCAGAUGCAACUGGAAGGAGCUGAGAUUAACAAAAGCCUGCUGGCACUGAAGGAGUGCAUCAGGGCUCUAGGCCUCAACAAGCCCCAUACUCCAUUUAGAGCCAGUAAGCUGACCCAGGUCCUGAGAGACUCCUUCAUUGGGGAAAAUUCACGCACAUGCAUGAUUGCAACAAUCUCUCCUGGUCUGACAUCCUGUGAAAAUACACUCAACACACUACGCUACGCUAACAGAGUCAAGGAGCUGACUGUGGACACCAACCAAGUGAUGGAGGGUGGUCGACCCAACAUCCACGCUGUCAAUCAGCUGGAUCUUUUAGAUGAGCAGUGGCUGAGUAUCCCGCCACAGAGAGACGACUUCAACCUGCUCUGUGAGCAGAAUGAGGAGGAGGUGUCUCCCCAGCUAUUUACCUUCCAUAGGGCCGUGUCUCAGGUAGUGGAGAUGGAGGUUCAGGUCCCAGAGGACCACCGAGCUGUUUUCCAGGAGUCGAUCCGGUGGCUGGAGAAUGAAAAGGAGCUGCUGGAGAUGACAGAGGAGGUGGAUUAUGAUGUUGAGUCGUACGCCACUCAGCUGGAGCAGAUCCUAGACCAGAAAAUAGAAAUCCUCAUCGAGCUCCGAGAUAAAGUGAAGUCAUUCCGCUCUACUUUCCAGGAGGAGGAGCAGGCCAGUAAGCAGAUCAAUCCCAAGAGGCCACGUGCUCUUUAGUGACUGGAGGCCGAAGAGA